GCAGGCGGAGACACCGGGGGGGAGGACAGCGGACGGGCAGGCUCGGAGGCACCGCGACCAGCUGCAUCUCGACGGUUCACACGCGCCCAGGAUUGGACUCAUUUUUAAAAUCUUCAAUCCCGACUGAAAUCAAUGAAGGACAGACGCCCGUGUCAGAAGUUAUCUCUGAAAUCCGGCAUGGAUCCCAGUCAGAGUGUGAAGUGUAAGAUAGUGGUGGUGGGGGACAGCCAGUGCGGGAAGACUGCGUUGCUUCACGUGUUCGCCAAAGACUGCUUCCCUGAGAGCUACGUCCCCACUGUGUUUGAAAACUACACAGCCAGCUUUGAAAUCGACACGCAGAGGAUCGAGCUCAGUUUGUGGGACACCUCAGGAUCUCCAUACUAUGACAACGUGAGGCCCCUCUCCUAUCCAGACUCCGAUGCCGUGCUCAUCUGUUUCGACAUCAGCCGCCCCGAAACGCUCGACAGCGUAAUGAAAAAGUGGAAAGGCGAGAUCCAGGAGUUUUGUCCCAACACUAAGAUGCUGUUAGUCGGCUGCAAGUCAGACCUGCGCACUGAUCUGAGCACACUCGUGGAGCUUUCCAACCAUCGACAGACGCCCGUCUCUUAUGACCAGGGGUCCAGCAUGGCCAAGCAGAUCUCGGCGCCCUACAUCGAGUGCUCAGCUCAGCAGUCAGAAAACAGUGUCAGAGACAUUUUCCAUGUGGCCACACUGGCCUGCAUCAACAAAAACAACAAAAACGUCAAACGCAGCAAGGCCGCCCGUGCCAGCAAGAGGAUUUCACACAUGCCCGGUAGACCUGACCUGGCGGCCGUGGCCUCGGACCUCCGGAAGGACAAAGCCAAAAGUUGCUCGGUCAUGUGAUUGCAUAGACUAAAGCGGAUCAGACUGAGGAGAAUGAGGACAGAGCACAGUUCAAGCAGGAAGUUAUGGGGCAAUGCUCUCUCCUGCAUGCUAAAGACCCCUUAUUUGUCUGGAAAGGGGUUUUAUAAGCUUCAAUUCAUGUAAUGUUACUGGAAUACUCUGCACCAAUGAAAACUCAAUGCGUAGUAAGCAUCCCACUUAAAGCAGCCCCACCCCCACCCCACCAAACGAGGAAGCUAUCUAUCACCUGCUUGGGGAAGUGACCUGCUUCCUCUGGGAGGACAAAGCGGAUGCACUCAAGGCUUUCCACGCUAACAGGAAAUGAGCAGGAGGAAUGAUGUCAUUAGGAGAUGCUCAUUUAUAAAAAAAGAAGGGUGUAGGAACAUGUGGUCUUUUGAAUGAGAGCCAAAGCCAGCAGCAGGGUGGUAGGUAGGGGGUGUGCUGCCUCGGGGGGGAAAAAAAUGAGGAGCUGCUGUUGUUUGUGCUGGAUCAAAGACUUUUUGCUCGGAGGGCUUCUGCAACAACUCGUCACUGUGGUUUGGAACUGAUUCACUCCCACCUCUACUCCUGUAACUGUUAGUCUGUGUGCAGAGCAGAUUUGAAGAUUUAUUUCUUAAUUUCAUUCAAUGGAAACAUGAAGCUGAGUGUCCCCUGUCUCUAAUAUGUUGUCGGUAUAAUGUGAAGUCACUGGUGUGUAACUGUGUCAUUGCUUUAUUUUCAUCCUGAUGGGAUCUAACCAUGAAGAGCUGAACAAUGCCACGUUAUGUUACCUCAACAGCUAUACACACAUACCGAAUAGACGGCUAAAAAGCAAAAAAAGUACUUGAUUCUGCUUCUAGGAUUUGGCAAACAGUGCAGGUUAGCUCUUCAUUUUCUCGAAAAACAGAAAUAGUGUAAUUUAAACCUCUUAUUGGACCUUAAAUGGGCCCAGUGAGCUGUAGCUGAACUAAACUCGGUAAGUAAAAAUGUGUCCAAUUGUGUAAAAUCAGGACAUCUUAACCAUAGGCUGUAUAUAAAAUAUGGACGUAUUCACUGUGACUUUUCUGAAACCCUAACAUUAAUAUUUUUGGCCACCACCAUGUUGGUUUUUUUAGGAACCACAAGUUACAUUUUGGACCAGAAGGUUUUUUAAGUUAUUAAUCAAUGCUAGCAAGCUUGGUUGGCAAGCUCAAUUCAAGUGCAACACACAGACACAGAUUUUGGCUAAGACGCUGAUAAAAUACUUGAAUUUUACUCACCAAAAUAGGAGCACAAACGUCUUAGUCAGAUAAAGAUGUUAUUUGCCAGAUAAUGCUCCUAAACCCCCCAAAAGGUACCAACACAAUAAACUCACUAGAGAAGUCCCGCUAAGUGACUGUGACAAAGCCUAGCCAUAAACUAUACAUAAAAGAUGGAUGUAGCUGCUGUGACCUCACCCGCUGGUUAGUGAGCUGAGUUUUUUUGACUUUGCCAUCUUGGUGAUGUGAGAUCAGGUGUGAUGAGUGAGGGGCAGAUAUGACUGCAGAUAAUAAAAAUGUAGAUGGAUGAGUUAUAAAAACAUUUACACACCGUACAGUUGUUAGGAAGAGGGAAUCUAUUAAUCAAGGCCCAAACUGUUUUCUAUACCAGGCUGCAAACAUGCUUUUUAAUGCUGUGAAUUUGGAUAUUUUAACGCGGACAUCUCUGGGCGUUGACUCACUUUUGGAGCCAGCCUCAAGUGGGCAUUAGCGGAACUGCAGUUUUUGGUGCUUAAACAUUAGCUAAAUUUUUCAUCCUCUGAAGGAUCCCCCUUGAUCUUAACAGGCUAGCAUCCAGGUAGUGUCAUGAAUCACUUCCACAGCACGUUAAAAGAGAGGGUUAAAAUGGAAAAGCAACCAUAAUUUGCCCCUAAUAUCCAAAAUGGAGGAACCUGUGGUGGCUGAUUAGCUGUACUGCAAGAAAUGGUUUUAUUUAACCUCUUCUGCGAGAAUAAACUACCCCACAACAUGAACAGAUAUUUAUGAGACAGAAUAAACUGUGUUAGCCUACUAGCCACUGACCAAAAGGAAGUGGCUAAUAGGCUAGCCGACAAAAGGAUGAAGUAGCUAACUAAUGUAACUAAUCUUGCUAAAGCUUAUUUUAGGCUUCUGAGUCUUUGUAGAGCCUACGAUGUAGCCUGUGCUAAUGGCUGUUGGCAGCAUUUAUACUUAUGCGGCUAUGUUGGCACAGUGUGUAGUUACAUUUCUAGGGAGGCGCACGUCAGAUUAUUGCAUAUGGUUUCAGAAGGGUUACAGUACGAUAUAUACCUAUACUUAUAGCGCAGAUUUAAUGCAGAAGCAUGCAUUCAGUUUAAGUAGGAGGACUUUGCCCUGUUCAGUAUUAAAGAAGAGGUCAGCAGAUGUUUGGAAUACUAGGAAUGGCACAAUACAGAGAAACAACUCCUUUUUUUUUUUAACUAACAAAUGUUGGCCCGAUUAGCUGUUUGCUAACCAGCCAACAAGGACUUUCCCAAUUAGCCCUCACCUCACUGCAGAUUUCAAUGGAGAUGAAUUUUGCUGUGCAACUUAUGCUGUGACCAGACCUUAACUCAGAGAGGAUGAUUGUAUUUUUCCUCCAUGGGUCAUUUCAGUGUUUGAGUAUCACGACCGCUGUAGUAAUAUGUGUAAGAGAUUUGUGUCAAUUUCAAAAUUAGGUUUUCCCCCAAAGUCUUGAUAGACCAAUGUUUUUGAAAUUUGUGCUUUUUUUUCCCCCUCAAACAACAGUGCAAUGAAGAAGCUGUUUAAAUAUCAAUGGUAUUGAUGCACUUUUAAUGUGACCAUCAGCUUCCCAAUUAGCUUGUUCAAAUGCCAGUGCUGUCCCAUGUGCCAGCUCAGCGCCCUGGCCCCUGUUUUCAUUUUCUAAUCUGGUGUUUCUUCCCUGUGUACGCUAUUAUGUUUUCUUGAAUGUUUAUGUCACCUUCAAAAUGUCUUUGUCAAUGUUGUUGCCAUAAUAUUUAUUGAAUUCUAUAUUUUCCCUUUAGAAUAAAUGCAAAUAAAACUGAA